UUAACUUUUCUCUUUCUUCUGCAAUCUCGCUUUGGCCCUCCCAAGAUUCUUUAUCAAACAAAAUAGGCUGAAAACACAGAUUGGAUCUCAAACCUUUUCGAAAUAAGCGUUGUUACUUCCCUUGAUCCAACCACAAUAUCACUUGAUAGAGGAUUAGAGGUAAUAAAAGCUUUAGAUGUCUGUCAUGCCGGUUACUCUUUUAAGUAUAGUGAGAACAAGGACAGCCACCACCAUCAAUGUGUUGCCUGCAUGCUUCUGACCAUCUGACCACAUGGCAUUGCCCUCACUGAUGAUGAACCCCAAACCAUCAUACUUUAUGCUUCAGCUUUUGACAGAAGCUCUUUGGGAAAGCUCGUAUAAUAUGUAAACCGGGGAAACAAUGAAUUAACAUCAGCAGCAAACAGCACCAGGGCACUCAUUAUUUUGGGCUCCUUCGGAAACCACCAGAAUGAGGCCCCUGUCCUUGGAACCACCAACCUUUUCUGAUACCUGAGUUGGUGGCGGGCCCCCCUGAUACUUGUGGUUUCUUGCCAACUUCAUGUAUCAUUAUUGUGUAUAGUGUGUGUAUAUAUAUGUGCUAUUGUAUAUAUGUAGGUUUAUGUCUGAUAUACAGAAAAACUAGUGGUGACAUUUUGGAUUUACCAGAAGCCAAGGGAGAGAAAUCUAAAGCACCACAUUAUCUCAGCAAAACUCUUGAGGCAUGGAUAGCCUUCUCUUUUUUCUAUCUUAUGCUUGAAUAGUUUGGGCACAUAACCAUCAUAUGUCAAUGUUCAUUGUUGUGACUGUAUCAUACAUAGCUUAGUCCUUCAUUGGUUAUAAGGGUGUCAUCUCUUAAUCCAACAUGAUAGUCCAAUAUGAGCACCACCAUGAAGUUAGUUUGGUUAGGUGUGCAUGUGUUGGAGUCAUAAUUAAUUUGACAUGGUUUAUCCGGUUAAUAAAUGUGUUAGAUUAGGGUUUAAGGAAUUGACACAAUUGAUCCAAAUUAAGCUGAUUAAUAGUCCGGUUAAAUAUGUCAUGUCAUUAAAUGGACCGCUUAAAUUGUGUCAUUAUUGGGUUUAUUGGUUGCACUGUGAAGUUUGUAUUGUAUAAGCAAGUCGAAUCUUGCUUUGCAUCCUUAGUAUGAUCUGAGUUGGCUUACUUGAACCUGUUACACGGAUCGAGUUGGGUGCCAUGAUACUAAAUGAGUUUGGUUUGGUUAUGAUUUUUUUGAUAUAAUUAUCAAAUGUGUUGGAUUUGAGUUGAAAGUUCUGUUCUAAUACUAACAUCUUGACCUGAUAUGAAUAUGACUCGACAUGACCAAAAAUAAAUAUAGUUUUUAGUCAUAUGUUGUGAAGCAUUUGAUUUUCACCGAUCAUGUUGAUAUACAAAUACACGUCUUAUGAUACUAACUAUAUAUUUCUUUCUAGAAUUUACUUCCAAUUAUUCUUUUUAUUUUUAUCUGUAUUUUUUGAAUAUCAUAGUGGUUGAGGCAGUUCCAAGCAAUAUGAAGCUAUAAUAGCAGCUUCGAUUUGUGUCAUUGUUCAAAGAAUAUAUUAUUUACUUUUCCAUGUUAAUAUUAUCAAUCUAUUAUCUUUUCUGGGGUGACUCUACAUACAUACAAAACACAAGCAAAAGUGUACUAAUUUGUUGGAGCCUACUUGGUGCUGAGGUAUCAUCUAAGUCACAUAUGGAUGUGAGGUAAAGUCCCGCAUGGGUCCUGCAUGGACAGCUACCACUGCUAUCUUGGCUUCAAUUUCUAAUCAACCAUUACAUGUAUACAUUUGGCAUGUGUAUGAUGCAUUGUUGUUUGGUUUACACUUCUGAUAUCAUUUCAAUGCAGCAAAGAGUUCCUAAUAGCUAUAAGAGUUUUGAGACCAUGCCAAAUAAGUAUAGCCUUUGACUGAAAGCACAGAGGAGGCUAUGUGCAAUUUGCUUGGAGCCCCUUAGCUGUGGUGAUGGCAGUACCAAUUUUGCCAGCAACCAAAAGAUCUUCACAGCACAAUGCAUGCAUGCUUUUCACUUCAUGUGCAUUGCAUCGAAUGUCCGGCAUGGCAGUGUUACAUGCCCCAUCUGCCGAGCACAAUGGUCACAGCUCCCACGUGAGUUCACCACGCCCUCCAUUAGCAACACUGACCCCAUCCUCCGCAUCCUUGAUGACUCGAUUGCCACUUCCCGCUUUAACCGCCGAUCAUUUCUCCGUGCCACCCGCUACAAUGAUGAUGACCCUGUUGAGCCUGAAGCAGCAAUUGAAGCCAGCCACCCUCGCCUUCACCUUGCCAUCAUUCCUGUUUCAUCACCAACAGAUGUGCUUCCACAAUAUAAUACUUUGCCAAAUGGGCGGAAGAGGGCCUACCUGUCUGUAAAACUCUCUCAGCAACAAGCAACUGAUCUGAUUCUUGUUGCAAGCCCAAAUGGGCCUCAUUUAAGGCUGCUCAAGCAAUCCAUGACACUUGUGGUCUUCUCGCUGCGUCCCAUGGAUCGGUUGGCCAUCGUCACCUACUCCACCACUGCCACUCGUGCCUUCCCUCUAAGGCGGAUGUCAUCUCAAGGGAAGCGGGCAGCACUACAAGUUAUCGAUCGCAUAUUUUACCUAGGUGAAGCUGUACCUGCUGAAGGGCUCCGGAAAGGUCUCAAGAUAUUGGAGGACCGGACUCACCACAAUCCACUUGCUUGCAUCCUCCACCUUUCAGACAGCCCGACCCAAAGUUAUGUCUGCAGAGACCUGCAGUUUCCCAUCCCAAUUCACAGGUUCCAUAUUGGUUUUGGAUUUGGGAUGUCAAGUGGGUUUGUAAUGCAUGAGUUUGAAGAGUUCUUAGCUAGAUUGCUUGGGGGCAUGAUCAGAGAGACCCAAGUAAGAAUAGGAGCAGAGGGUGGACGGGUAUUGUUGGGGGAGCUGAGAGGAGGAGAAGAAAGGAGGAUACCAGUGAACUCAAUUGAUGACUGUGGAUACCUUGCUGUCAGCUAUAGCUAUGUUGAAGGAGGAGCAGAACAGAGGCUAAGCACUGGGGAAGUAGUGCUUGGGACCGAGAUGAAGAAUGACCAAAAUGAUCCUCAGGGUGAGAUUGAAGCAAUUGAUCUCACUGUUAGAGGAAGGAGCAACCAUGUCGAGAGGUGGGGUUACCUUGACCCCUUCAUGGCUCGACGAUGGGCAAAGCAUCUGCAUGGACACAAAGCAUGACGACAACUGUUCAAAUAAAUCUCAAUUGUAUGAAUCUUGUGAAUGCAAUGAAGGCUUUGGGUUCAGAAUCCUGAUGAGGUUCAGCUGUAAAGUUGAAAGACUUAUCCUUUCAACUCAAUGAGAUCACCCGGGUUUCGCAAUGAUGGAGAUCUCUAAAUCAGCAUCCUCAUUUUUUUCACAUCAUCAUGUAAGCAGAUACUUUCAUAUUUCUUGUAUUCUUUCUUUCCUUUUCCAACAUCAUUUUUACUACCAUGUGAGUGUGGAUAUGCCUGUAUGAUCUUGCUUAUUAAGCAACAUUGAUUUCCCCCAGAGAUUUUGUGUAUCCUUUGGUAUUGAAACUUUAUGGCAUUUUGUUCCCUUA